AUGCAAAUUUCUUCAUCUCCACCAAAUAAGGUAUCGUUCCACCAUAAUGUUACUCUCACCGUCUCACUAACUGUUGGCUCGCCUCCCCAGCAAGUCACCAUGGUGCUUGAUACUGGCAGUGAACUCUCCUGGUUACACUGCAAGAAAACUCCCACAACCCCAUUAACGUUCAACCCUUCACUCUCGUCGUCAUACCGUGCAAUCCCGUGUUCAUCGCCCACAUGCAGGACCAGGACACGAGAUUUAGCAGUACCGGUUUCCUGUGACUCGAAAAGCCUCUGCCAUGUCACCCUCUCUUACGCGGACAGUUCCUCUGUUGAAGGUACUUUAGCCUCAGACACGUUUAAUAUUGACAAUUCGGAUCUACCAGGGACGGUGUUCGGGUGCAUGGACACGGGAUUCAGCUCCAACAUAGAGGAAGACUCCAAGACUACCGGACUAAUUGGCAUGAACCGGGGAUCUUUGUCAUUCGUUUCGCAAAUGGGAUUCUCCAAAUUUUCCUAUUGUAUUUCGGGUCGUGAUUCAUCAGGCAUUUUGCUCUUGGGAGAAGCUCAUUUUCCUUGGCUAAAGCCAUUGAACUACACACCAUUGGUUCAAAUAUCAACACCUUUACCAUAUUUCGAUAGAGUUGCAUACACGGUUCAGCUCCAAGGAAUAUCAGUAUCUGGUAAAGUUCUUCCUUUGCCAAAAGCCACGUUCGAGCCCGACCACACCGGUGCCGGACAGACUAUGGUCGACUCCGGUACACAAUUCACGUUCUUGCUCGGCCCUGCUUACACUGCAUUGAAAAAUGAAUUCUUGAAUCAAACUAGAGGUGUUUUAAGGAAAUUAGAAGAUCCCAAUUUUGUUUUUCAAGGGGCAAUGGAUUUGUGCUACAGAAUUGAGCAGAACAGAAGAGUUUUACCUCCAUUGCCAAGUGUGAAUUUGAUUUUUAGAGGAGUCGAAAUGAGUGUUACUGGGGAGAAAUUAUUGUACAAAGUUGGAGGCGCAAGCAGGGGAAGUGAUUCAAUAUAUUGUUUCACAUUUGGGAACUCAGAUUUGCUGGGUGUGGAGGCUUAUAUUAUUGGACAUCAUCACCAGCAAAAUAUGUGGAUGGAAUUUGAUCUUGCAAAUUCAAGGGUGGGAUUGGCUGAGUUUAGGUGUGAAUUAGCGAAUCAAAGAUUACGACCCUAA